AUGGGAAACCGAAAUAGUGUGGAAUGUGACAGGCGGCCCGUCGUCUUUGUCGUUGACGGUCAUGUGCCAAUGCAGACUCUCCUUCUUUCCACCGAAAUAGCCCCGCCAGCGUGGCCUUAUAUUCUAGAUGAAUCCAAAUUUCUUCUCUCACUGCUGUUCAUGUGGCUUCGACGGGUUUUCACAGUCGUUCCAAUCGUCGCCAAGUCUAUCGCUGCGCCGCCAGGUUUUCCGGCCUCAGGAAAUGGACUUUGGUAUAAAGGUGAAGACGGGACCCCCGAAAUUCGGAUUGUAGACCAACCGCUUUCAGACGGUGGUGCGUUCUGGUCCAGGACAUGGCUACCCCUCGGAAAUGGCUAUCUGGGAGCGAUGACACCUGGUGGCACAUCUCAAGAAAUAACACAGCUUAAUAUUGAAUCUUUGUGGUCUGCUUUUCUUACUUCCAAUUCGCCACAGACCUAUAAUGGUGGCAAUAAGCAGCCCAACGAGGCGCCAGCGAUGGCCAUUGCCAUGCAGCAGUACCGACAAGCCAUCUUCUCCAGCCCCACUGGCAACAUCGACAAUAUCGACUCACUGGCAACUGAUCCUGGAGCCUAUGGGUCUUUUGCUGGCGCUGGCUAUCUGAUUUCCACCUUGAACACGACGGGUCCCGUUUCCGACUAUGGGCGGUGGUUGGACCUCGACCAGGGCAUUUCUCGGACAACCUGGUCGCAGAAUGGAACCGUUUUCAUACGUGAAACGUUUUGCUCUAACCCGACUCAGGCUUGUACCCAUCACAUCUCUGCCCGCUCAGGCACCCUUCCGUCGGUAUCCGUUGCAUUUUCUUCUGCUCUGGAAGACGGUCUACCAACCCCCAAUAUCACGUGUCUCGAUUCCUCGACUCUUCGCAUCCGUGGGACUGCAAGUCUCCCUGGUAUGCUUUAUGAGCUCCUAUUUCGCGUUCGUAGCACGGGAGGAAAAGUCACUUGCACUUCGCUUGGCUCUGCGAACGCGACUGUUCUCGUCAGUGGUCACGCCACCGAGACUUGGAUCACGUGGGUAGGAGAAACUGAGUUUGACCAAAACGCAGGGGACUUAGCACACGGCUUCUCGUUCCGUGGACCUGACCCUCAUGCUACUGUCUUACAACUCAUCAAUGAUCCAGCCGUUUCAAAGGCGUCUUACACCGCUAUGCGAUCCCAACAUUUUGCUGACUUCGGUGCUACGUUUGGCAAAUUUGAAUUGUCUCUUGGACAGACCCCACAACUAUCACAACCUACCGACUCUCUUAUCGCGGCGUACCAAAUUGAUCAGGGCAAUCCGUAUCUUGAGUGGCUCAUGUUCAACUACGGCAGAUACUUGCUUGGUAGUAGUGCCAGAGGAAUAUUGCCUUCAAACCUUGGUGGUGUUUGGGGAUUGGGGUACUCUAACGCGUGGAGCUUUGAUUACCACUCCAACAUCAACAUCCAAAUGAACUAUUGGAGUGCCGAGAUGAGCAACCUGGACGUAACAUCCUCCCUAUUCAACUACUUCGAGAAAAACUGGGCUCCGCGAGGAGCUUACACUGCACAGGUUCUGUACAACAUAUCUCGAGGAUGGGUGACACACAAUGAGAUGAACAUAUUCGGUCACACUGGAAUGAAGUACUACCCUGGGUUUGCAGAGUGGGCGAACUAUCCGGAGAGCGGCCCGUGGAUGGCAAUUCACAUAUGGGAUCACUAUGAAGUGAGCCAAGAUACUCUCUGGUGGCGCACUCAAGGGUGGCCAUUGAUCAAGGCGAUUGCUGGGUUUCAUUUGGACAAACUAAUACCAGACGAGAAAUUCCACGACGGCACACUCGUCGUAGCACCAUGUAAUUCUCCUGAACAGGCUCCUAUUACGUUCGGCUGCGCUCAUGCUCAGCAACUGAUCUGGCAAUUAUUCAACUCAGUCGAAAAGGGGUUCGCAGCAUCAGGCGAUACUGAUACCGCCUUUCUUGAAGAGGUACGAGCGAAGAAGGCCGCCAUGGACAAAGGCUUGCGCAUCGGCCGAUGGGGUCAACUUCAGGAAUGGAAAGUUGAUCAAGACUCGCCCACCGAUACCCAUCGUCACCUCAGUCAUCUGAUAGGUCUCUAUCCGGGUUAUGCGAUCGCUUCGUUUGAUCAGGGCACGCAAGGCAACUUGAUCAUAAAUGGCUCUCGUGCGACAUAUAACAAGGCACAAAUUAUCGACGCAACCACGGUCAGCUUGGUGCAUCGGGGUAAUGGGACUGGCCCCGACGCUGACUCGGGUUGGGAGAAAAUGUGGCGGGCGGCAGCAUGGGCACAGCUGAAGAAUCCAGCGCAGUUCUAUCAUGAGCUCACAUAUGGAAUUUACGAAAACUUUGCUGAGAACCUAUUCAGCCUUUACAAUCCAUUCGAUGCUACCCCGAUAUUCCAGAUCGACGCCAAUUUAGGACUACCGGCGGCAAUUUUGAACGCUCUCCUUCAAGCGCCGGAUGUCGAAGCUCUUUCAACUCCACUGACAAUCACCUUACUUCCAGCUUUGCCCGCGACAUGGUCCACUGGCUUCAUUAAAGGAGCGCGUGUUCGCGGUGGAAUCACUGUUGAUUUAGCUUGGACGAAUUCAAAGCCGACGCGCGCUUCCUUCCAGGUUGACGCGCAAGUAGUGUCGCGGCCGGUCCAAGUGGUGUUUGGUAACAAGAUGGUUACCUCAUUCAAGACUAGCGGCGGCUUCCGUCGCACUAUGACAAGUUUCUAA